UCAGAAUGGAAAAUUCUUAAUUUAUUUCGAACAGAUAAUUUAGCACAAAUUGGAAAACCUCUGAGGCUUCAACUCUGUGAUUCUGUUAUUGACAACAAAGAAAAUUAAUUGACCUUUAAUACAGAUCCUUAUCAAGGUUUUCAUGAGCCCAAGGAGCCUCUGUCUUAGCCAUCUCAUACUCCUCCUCAGUGAAGUCAUUCUCCACUCCAAAGAGUUCCCUCACAUAUUCAACAUCCUUACUCUUAAUAUGAUCCGCAAUGGCCUGACAGAUGAAGUCAAGGAAAUAUUUGAUUUCCAAGUAAUUGGCCACGUUGGAGAGAGACAGUAAUGUCUUAGGGCUCAUGCUCUUGACGAACUCGUCCUGGAAGGCCUUGAGUUCCUUGUGGAAGUUUUCCUUGUUUUUGAGUUCCACAUACUUGCUCCUGGAAGACCUUGAGUUUCCUGUCGAAGUCUUCCUUGUUCUUGAGCUCGAGAUACUUGCUGCAGUACUCUAUGACUUUCUGCAACUCCCAUCUCUCCACAUUUGGCAAGGGCAUGGUAACCGUCUCACACUUAUCGUCCUCCUGGUAAAAGGUCUUGAUGGUUUCCAUCUCCAUUGCCACCUCUUCGUUCAACUCAAAGACCUCGCCAUCUCCAGUCCGUACCGUGAUCUUCUUCUGGUCAUCUUGGACGGCGCCGGAGGGGCCGCUCUCUUGCUUGGUGGAGGCCUCGUUCUCUGCUGAAGCUGACAUAGCUGCUGUCUGGUUUGAGGUGUGGUGUGGUUGAGUAUCUCUAUUGAGUGAAUAGGGAGGGUAAAUAUACAGUGUUUUGGGUAUUUACUCUAUUAGGUGGCAAUAUUUGAGUGGAAUAAUUGACGUAGUGCAUUUGGACAUAUUAGGUAGGUCUUCAUAGUUGUUAAUUAAUUAAUUCUUUCCUAAAAUGAAUAGGAAAUUUA